AUAUUUUGUUCAACCAUGGAUGAAUAAAUGGAAUGAGUACAAAGAUAGUAAACCUGAAAAUAGACUUUUAUAUCGCUUAAGAAAUGCAGAGACCUUUGAAGAAUGGCAAGAUAGAGCAAGAGACUUGGACAAGUAAGCAAACACAUAUAUGUGUAUCAAUGCUUACAAUCAUUAUAAUAGAUACUUGAAAAAUGAUGCAUGGGUUCAAAAACCUGAAUCAAGAGUGUACGACAACAAGUUGAUAGCUUCUAGACUAUAUCAUUUGAAGAAAGCCCGGGAAGCGAAUGAUGUGGACAGCAUGGCUUAUUUGUUAAGAAGUGGCCUACUAAGAAACUUUGGGGGUAUUUGUGACCGAAAGCUAUUUUCUCAUUCAUAUUUGGGAACAAAAAAAUUAAUUCAAGACUAUAUGGAAGAAGUGGUUGCUCAAAUCGAACAUAUUGAGUCUACCCCUGACUUUGAUUCACAAGCUAAGAUCAAGUUUUUUAGUGAUGCUCGUCAAAGUUUUGGAUGUUCUGCAUUAGUACUCCAAGGUAGUACUGCACUUGCUCUUUACCAUAUUGGUGUAGUGAAAGCAUUGAAUGAACAAGGGCUCUUGCCUCGAAUCAUUAGUGGUACAGCCAUUGGUGCUAUGAUUGCUGCUUUGAUUUGUAUCCACACAGAUGAAGAAUUACCUCAUAUUCUACAGCCUGAAGGUAUCAACCUUACCGCUUUUUCUAAAAAGGGAAAGACUGGUCAUUUCAAGAGACGUAUUACUCGAUUUAUGAAGUACGGUUACUUGAUGGAUAUGAAAGUGUUACAAGAAUGUGUGCGUGAAAAUGUAGGAGAUUUAACCUUCGAGGAAGCUUAUGCCCGAUCAAAACGAGUCUUGAACAUUAGUGUUUCAUCAAGUCGUACUCAAGAAGUCCCUCAGAUUCUUAAUUAUUUGACUGCUCCCAAUGUCCUCAUCUGGAGUGCUGCUUGUUGCUCCACUGCCUCUGUUGGUCUGUUUGGUAGUUGUGAUUUAAUGGCCAAGGAUAAAAAUGGCAACAUUGUCAAAUGGAGUUCUUCUGCUGUCAAAUGGAAUCAUUGGUCAGAAAAAUCCUCUUCUGAAACUGAAGAGCCUCUUAAUCGUCUCUCCGAACUGUUUAAUGUAAAUCACUUUAUUGUUUCUCAGGCAAGUCUGUAUGCUAUUCCGUUUAUAUCCAAAGCACAAAACCUUCAACAUGAAACAUUGCUUCACAAAUUCGCAUUUAUCAUUGCCUCUGAAUUCAAACAUCGUCUUUAUCAGUUAGAUCAACUUCAUUUUUUGCCUCAUACUUUCCGUGGUGUAAUUGAAGAGAAAAUGUCGGGUAAUGUUAAUAUUGUGCCUGAACUUGCUUUAUAUGAUUUCAAUAUUUUGUUUUCAAAUCCAUCACAUCAAUCUUUGGCAUAUUGGAUUUUACAUGGUGAAAGAUCAGUUUGGCCAUUGAUAGCUUUUAUCAGAACAAGAUGUAUGAUUGAAUUAGCUUUAGACAGAGCUGUCUUGAGAUUGAAAGCAAUGAAUGUAGAAAGAGAGCCUGUUGUUGUUCGAAGUCGCUAUAUUGAAAACAAAAAGAGAGCUAGAUCAAUGCAUUAAUCUCUAAAUAAAGUUUAAGCAAAUAGGGUCA